CACCAUCUUCUCCUAUCUCGACCGACCGACCUGAAACUUCAAAGCUUCACAACGAUAACAUAACCUUUGACGAUCACGACGACCAUGUCCAUGAUUCGCACCGCAUUCGCUUCCACUACGCCCGCCGUCCGCGGCGCGUCACGCGCAUUCCACGUCUCGCCCAUCGCAGGCAAGACUGUGACAGAGAAGGUCAAAGAGGUCGCACAUGAGGCGAACUUGAAGGUAGGACGGGGGUUGGCAUCAGCCAUUGAGAAGGGCGAGGAGGCGACGGAGAAGUUGGUGCAUGUGGCCCCUGCACUAGGCAAGGCAAAGGCGACUGCAGAACAAGCUAGCGAGAAAGCCAGCCAGACUUCAGCAGAUGUCAGAGAACGCGCACGAGACUUCAAGGAAGAUGUGGAAAAGGAAGCACAGAAAUGAUCGCCCUCACCUCAUGACGACCUGAAACUGUACUUUUUGUUUGUAUUUUGUAGCAUAUACUCACUUUCACAUGCGAUCAAUAUAACGUGACGGACGUGAUGGCGUUCGCAUUUUGCACAUUAC